AUGUGGAGGUUAGCGAAGAACAUCUUACCAACCAGAGGCAAUCUCUUGAGAAGGCGAGUCCCUCUUGAUCCUGUCUGCCCACUUUGCUUUAAUGAUCUGGAGAGCACGGAGCACCUUUUCCUUCAUUGUCCUCUUAUCAAACAAGUGUGGCUCGCUUCCCCGUUAGGGGUCAGACCCCCUCCCCAUUCUGAUUUGGUUCUCUGGCUGACACAAUGGCUUAAUUGUAAAGAGUCGUUCGCGAUCCAACUUUUUUGUACGACACUUUGGAAGAUCUGGUUCUUUAGGAAUCAAACAAUUUUCAAAAAUUUGGAUUUUGAUCCAAUUAGAGUCUCCUGUGCUGCCCAAAAAUUUGUGUCUGAAUUUUCUGUAAGCUCCACUCCUAGGGAGCAGUCGACUGGACAGCAGCCCCGCUGUGACUGGGUGGCUCCUCCACCAGAUUUUUUCAAGUUAAAUGUUGAUGCCGGUUGUGGUUCGAUGGGUCAAGUAAGCUGGGGACUGGUUAUUAGGAACCAUAAUGCAGAAGUACUGUUUGCUGCUACAAAGAAGACUGAGUUUGUGGCUGAAGUUGUUGUUGCAGAAGCAUUAGGACUGCGUUGGGGACUUCAAAUAGCAAGGGAUUUGAACCUCAGUAAUAUCAUAUUUGAAAUGGAUGCUUCAUUGGUGGUGGACUGUUUCAAGGAUCUCCUCUCUUUAUCAAGUAAUGAUCACUUUAUAGUUGAUUGCAAAGAGUUGUUUUCUAGUUUAGUAAAUUGUUCUAUUUGUGUUGUUAGUCGUUCAUGUAACUCUGCUGCUCAUAGAUUAGCCCAGGCAGCUAAAACAAUUGGUUCACGUACAUGGGUGGGGGAUGCCUCAAACCCCAUGGAGUGGCCUUCUUUCUUUAUUGGUCUGUUUCCUUAA